CCAUUCAGAAGCUAUUUGUUUUUUAAAGGAAGAGGAAGCUCUACAAGGUUAACAACUUGUGGAGCCUUGAAGUCAUCACAUUAGUUUAGUAGUAGGACAGUAUUGCUCAGAGAGCUUCACUGAGAGGGAGACAUACAAUGAUGAAAGCCCAGAUAUUUCUGGCUUUCGCUACUUUGUUUGUUGGGUCCGGCCUUGCAACAAGCACAGUGGCCAGGGUCGCCAAAAGGAAAUGUCUCGACGCUGGGGACGAUGCAAACGUUUACAACUUUUCAUUUAUGGAUCUUUCAGGGAAAACUAACGUGUCUUUGGGAGAUUUCAAAGGAAAGAUGAUUCUUGUUGUAAAUGUAGCGACCUACUGAUCCUUCACUCACCAUUAUUUUGGAAUGAAUGCACUACAGACAAAAUAUGGUGAUAAUUUGGUAGUUUUAGGCUUUCCAUGUAAUCAGUUUGGGCUUCAAGAACCUGGGAAAAAUUAUACAGAAAUCACAAAGGGAGUUGAAUAUGUAAGGCCAGGCAAUGGAUUCAAGCCGAAUUUCAUGCUCAUGCAAAAACUGGAAGUCAAUGGGGAAAAUGAAAAUGGAUUUUUUACAUUUCUUAAAAAACAUUGCCCUCCGACAAGAGAUGGCUUUUCAAAGAAAACUGACCUUUAUUACCAUCCAUUCAAGAACAACGACAUUAGGUGGAAUUGGGAAAAAUUUCUUAUUAAUUCCAAUGGUAAACCGUAUAUGCGGUACGAUCCAAGCAGCGAUCCUGUCGAUGUUAUCGAUUCAGAUAUAGAGGGCCUUGUCUCUUCUGAACGUGUAAAUUCACCUCUAACUAAACAAUAAUUCAGCUUAAACAAAAAAGUAGUUUAAGAUUUAAUUGAACAGGUUUUAAUUUUUAAUCUCAUUAAUUGAUUUCAUGUAUAAAAAAUGUCCACAAUUAUAUCAGCCUUCUCAGUCUAUGGAAGAAUUUAAAAAAUUUAAGAAUAAAAUCAAUCCCAAAAGUUUACAUCUUUUAUGUUAAUUACAAAAAAAUCAGUGUAUUUUACAUUAUUAACACACAAAAAAAUGUUAAAACAACAAACUAGGUUAUUUAUUAAGUGAUGUUAAUAAAAAAAAAACCCCUACUUAUAACACACCUAUACCUGUUAUAUUAUUUUUCAAUUUUUAUUCUCAAUCGUAGCCAAUUCUGUAAAAACUGAAUUAUUAUGAUAAAUUUGUAAACAAGUAAAAUUAAGAUGUAAUGUAAUUUGCAAGCAUAAUUUUUGCUUUUCUAAUGUAGGCAUUAUUUGAAACCAAGAAAGAGUGUGAAGCCCAAAUCGAAUCAAACUGCGACAAACAAUUGUACAAGUUAAAAUGUAUUGAUUUAUGUUUAAGUAACAUUUUAGAAGUUUGAAACAAAACUGCUAUGAAAAACCAACUCGACAAACGGUAACAAAAACAAAACAAAUGAUGCGUUUUCAAUGAUGACGAGAUGUCCAUAAAUCAAACAACUGAGGGGAUAUUUCUGAUGUUGGAAAGUAAGGAAGUAUUCUUGUGCAUUCUGUGCUUUCACGACUUUUCCUAGAAAAUGCAUUGUUUGAUUGUAAUGAACUGUUCUAAUAGCAGUUACUUCAAAUCUUGUAUAAAGUUUGCGUCAAAUAAAAAGCUUUCUAUCAGAA